GUAUAUUCACCUCGAGCUUUUAAAUAUUGAUUGCACCGCAUUCAGUCAAGAUGGCGUUACUAACAACCGGAAAAUAUCCAGAGCUUUUAACAACAUUAAUAUUGCUGAUAUAUCCUAAUUUUCAAGUGUGUCAAAGUAACAAUGAUAAAAUUGUCUUUUCAUUUCCUGAAUUUCCAUACAAGGAUACAAGUAAAAAUGAAAUGAAAUUUCAUGAAUUCGAAUCAGCAUGUGAACAAGCAGCUACAUGUCGUCAACUAAAUGGUGUUGCUAAAAUACGUUGUAUUCGAGAAUGUGUUUCACCAUCGUGUUAUCGAGAUAUUUAUCAAUCUGAUCAGUUGGAGGAAGGCGAAAUUGAUGUACGUCUAAAUUCAUUUAAAGGAUGUUUUGUUCAGAGAUCAAGUCGACCACGAAAUUAAAUUUUAAUCAAAUCCUUAAGCUAAUUAACACAUUGCAAUCUUAAACAUUCGAAGCUACAUUUCACUUUUCAUAUCUUACAACUAGGGUAGAAUUUUUUCUUAUUUGCUUAA